AUUUGAUCAGCAAGUUCCGAACAAUUCAUCCUCAUUUGCUAGAAGGCAACGAGUAUAUGGUUCAUAUUCCUUUCUGAUCCGUAGACAACAGAUCUCCACAAUAUGCUUAUAGCAUUGUCUUUGAUGUGUCCUCCAUUCUUCGUUCGAAAAGCCACCUAUGAAAGUCUCUUUCUUGCACAAUGCCUCAAGAUAAUUAGAGUUUUCAAACACGGGUAUAUAAACUAUGCUCAUGGACCUGGAACUUCACAGCUACCCUUUCUCGUCGCUUCGACGUAUGCUCCCUUUCCCACACAACGAUGAGCUCGUCCAAUCACUUUGACAACGACACCGCUGAGAUGCCAUACGGAUUCAAUUUUCCGGACCAUCCUAUCACGCACACCAUAGACUCUCUGCCUCCAUACACCAACGACCCGCCUCCCUCUUCCUUGGAAGACCGUCAAAGUCAAUUCAAAACUCUCCGCCUUGCGGUGCUCACCUUCCAACGGUGGAAAGCGGCUAACGAAAAUGCACGACCGUACAUUGAAGGAGAAAUAGUUGUCUCCCCCAAUGAGCGACAGUACCUCUCUGUUGAUCAAGCCGUCCGCAAAAUCAACGAGGAAGUACCGUGGCAGUACCGCAUCCAGAGACCCGAUGUAUCAGUGCUUCUAAGGAAGAAUGCACCAGAUAGAAAACUGGAAUGGAAGCUCAUGAAGAAAGGAGAUAUUGAUGGACUCUGGGAGAGGUGGGCUACCGAGGAGGUGCAGAUCAGAGAAGCAGUCCGAAAAGAGAGGUUUUUUGGUGCAAUUGAUGUGGCAAUCGUUCACUGUCAACUCGAAAUGUUAGCUAUCCAGGAUGUCAUAAAGAAUUGGUCUUAAAGGACACGUCUCAAUUCUCACCUACAUACACCGUCCUUCGCGGUCAACAUAAUU